UUGAAAUCAUAUCAGUUAACGAUUAGAAACAGCGAAGGCAGCAAUAUACUUAUCUCUAAAGGAUUGAAGAAGUUACAACAUUAGUAAUGGCACAAUUUAAAAAGAUUUCAUUGAUUAUCUUGGUCUUGGCUAUUGUAGCCUGUUCUGCUGAACCAGCUAGAUAUCGCCAACGUCUGGCUGCUAAGAAAUUGCAGCCUUUGAGACAACGCCCAGCAGUACAACAGAAACGUGUUUUAGCUAGACAAGAAGCUGUAACACCUUAUCCUACUGCUGAUGAAUUGAAACCAGAAGUUCCCUUUGAAGAGGGAAACCAACCCGAUGAAGUAUAUGGACCUCCCGAUGAGACUUAUGGUCCUCCCGAACUUGAUGAAACUCCUGCCGAUCAAUUGCCUUCAGAAGAGGCUCCCGAAGAAUUUGCUCCUAAUCCCGAUGCUGAAGAAUUCCAACCCGCUGAAGAAGAGUCUGUGGCCCCUGUAGAGGAAGAGCAAGUCUCCAGACUAACAAGCAGAAGAAAAUCAAACAAGAAAAACAUUUCAUCCCGCUUGGUCCAAAAGAAGAAAACUCAAAAAUCCCAACGUUUGGUAGUUGCUCCUGCUCCAGUUGUAGCACCCGCUGCCACAGUACCUGUCGCAUUGCCUUUUGCCACCCCUUACACUGCCCAAUCUCAGCAAUACUUUCUUCUAAACCAACCUUUUGCUUACACUGCCCAAUAUCAAGCUUGGUAAAACAAAGUUCAAGUGAUUGGUUAACAAAAGAAACCAAAGAUAUUUAGUCAAUUUAUUAAAUUAGUCAGUUUGUUUAUGUUCAAACCACAAAAACAAAAUAUUGUAGCAAAUCCUUCCAAUUAACUCAUACACAUAUGAAAACAAAUUAUAUAAAAUGUGCCGUUAAUAAAUCUUAAGAGAGAAACGAAUUAAAUACGAAA